AUGUCAACUUUACAAUCAACACAGCGACCGAUACAAUUGAACAAGCACCAGCAGCACAGCUAUCCAGCGGGCAGCUGGUCUAAUGCAGAAGACGAUAGUGGCUCCGAAACCGCUGGCGAAUUUGACGCUGAGGAUGAUGAGGAUGCCAGCGACUAUCCAGAUCUCGAUCAAGAUAACGAGGACAUUGGGCUCACUGUCUCAGAUACGGACUCUGAGCCCAAUUACCGAAUUGAUGAUGAGAACCCUACUCUCAUGAGUUUUUUGAAAUCCGACGAUGAUUCCAGCGACGGCCACGGCUAUUCUGAUCUCGCUGAGCACUCCGAUGAUAGCUCAAUUGAGCGUGAGGAAGAACAACAUAUUCAAGAUGACCUUGACGAGGACACAAGCGACGAGCUGUCUAGAAUCAGGGGUCCUUUACGUUUGGGCACCAGUGACGACACGGAAUCAAAUCAAGCAGGCGAUGAAACAGGCGCCAAUGAGUUUGACGGUGCCAUGGACCACGAGGAUGAAGACACAGACGAAAACGACUUUUUUGACGACUUUUUUGAUCCAGUCACCACUCCUCGUGCACAAAGAAUGUAUAGUGCGACUGAAUCUGUCACCAAAGCGUCAGAGGAUGAUUCGUAUUUAUGGCAGUAUUUUUUCUCGUCAGGGGAUGAAGACGAUGACCAGGAGGAAAAUGACUACGACGAGGAUAAUGAACAGACAAGCGAUUCACCACUAGAACAAAACUUUCAAGAGGGCUCUAGCCAAGCAAACAAACAAGAGCACAGUGGAGAUUCGACUGACGAGGAAGCUGCGCUUCCCAAAUCGACUAGAAGAGCCCAGAGCAAUCGGGCCACAGAGGUGCUGGGCGUCAAUACCUAUUCCACGCGGCCGCCAGUGCUGGGGGAGUGGGAUAUUGACAACAGUCAAGGCAUUGUCGGUAUCAUCGACGGCUUAACUACUCGCACUCUUAGUCCACCAGGUCCUGGCCCUACCAGUGUCAGCAGCGAUCGUCGUAUAUUCGACCAAAACUUGCAUUCUGAUAGUGACAUGAGUGAUCUUGCCUUGGAUGAGUUUAUCAAGACCGAUGAACUGAGCGACGACGACGGGUGCGCAGAUACUAGCGCAACCAUAUCCACGCCCAACAUGUAUCGCAGUCGUUUCAAUAAAAACGUGCCUCUGUCUGCGUUCCGAAAUCGCACUUCUCCGUAUCCCAUGCCCGGGUUUGAUGGCCGUCGCAACCGCAGACGCUCAUUUGGCCGCGAAGUGGUGAUCUCGCCGGUGCGACCACCCCCUCGCCGAAUGAAAAAGCUCAAGAAUAGUUUGCGGCAUCGUAACGACCUGGACAAUCUGGCAACCAAGGAUCUUAUCGAGGAGCUGGUGGAUAUCGGCGCCAUCAGCCCUUUGUUUGAAAUCUAA